GGGUCACGGUGGGCACCCACCUGGCCCCCCGGGGACUGGCUGUGGAUGCCGCCGGCCGCCUUCUGGUGACAGACUAUGUGCUUGGGGCUGUCCACAGCUUCACACUGAGCCCCGCCUUGCAGCCACUGGCCCCAGCCUCCAUGCUGGGUCUGGAGGGCCCGUGCUGGGUGGGCCCAGGGCCUGACGGGGGCCUCGCCGUGAGCGAAGAGUUUGGGGAUGUGUGGCUGUUCGGCAGUGCCUGCCAGCCCCUGGGCUCCCUGGGGGUUCGGAAAGGGCAUGCUUUUGGGAACCCAGCAGGCGUGUGCACCGAUGUGGAGGGCAGUGUCAUUGUGGCAGAUGAGCAAGGGCGCCGCGUGACCCUCUUUCCUCGGGCCAGGGAGCCCGUCUGCCUGGUGUCUGAGGGGCUGGGGCGGCCCCUGGGUGUGGCCUGUGCCCCUCAGGGCCAGCUCGUGGUGGCAGACGCAGGGGACAGCUACAUCAAGGUGUACCAGUACCACUCGGAGCCAGCCUGACCCGUGGACUCAGAUGGGAGCAGCACCUCGCUGCAUGUGGGCCCAGCCCCCAGGGCCCUGGACCACUACGGGAGGGACAUUCAGGGUUGGUGGGGUCCUCCAGGGCUGCCGGCCGUGCCUUUCUGACCUGAUAUAUUGGCUGACAGUCGCUAAGCACCUGUUGUGCCAGGCUCUGGGCUAGCCCCGUCCUCCUCUUGGAGAGGAUUCAGACUUGCCACAAACCAACCACCUCUCGGCCUCCCCUACCAGGUGCACAGCCUCCAACUUUGGGUCCUCUCCACACCCCAGUUUAGUGGGCCCCCCAACUCACUGCCCCCAUGGCCACUCAGGCCCUGGUCCUGCAGGCUCAGGGCCCUGGAGGCCUGAGCUUUGAGGCCAGCAGCCGAAGCCUGGAGAUGAUUGGUGUGUCGGGCUGGGCGCCCCAGGGUCCUAAUCAGACAGAAGCAGGCAGGGAGGGUUCUGCUGGGCUGGGCUGGGCUGGGCUGGGCUGGCAGGGGUGUGGCCUCUCACUGUCCCCCGUCCUCAGAGGCACCCCAGACGCCAAGCCUCUCGCAGCUUCUCUGGGCCUAACUGAGGUAAGGGAAAGCAGAGGAAGGACCACCCCUGAGGCGCCUAGGGGUGGCACGUGGCUGGGCUGGGAGCCUCCAUACCCCUGGUCUCCUGCUCCCAUGUAAGACUAUGUCUCGGGCUGAACCGUCACUUUCUCCUCUGCAAGCUCUCCAAACUCAUGGGUGGGGUGUGCUGGGAAGGUUCCAGACCGUGGUCAAGCCAGGAGAGCAUUCCUAUGAGGAGAGACUCCUGUUACUUGAGCACAAUGAGCAAAUGAGGCCCCAAAGGGAUGGGAGAUGAGGGCUUCCUCUGAAUCUGGGGCCCGGCCAGGCUCCCAGUUCCAGUGAGGGGACUCAUUGGGAGGGGACAGUGCCUGGUCCAGUCUGUCACCAGGACAAUGCCUCUGACAAGGUCCCUUUUGUAUGUACCAGCCCCUGUGAGUGGCAGGGUUAUGUGGUCAAUGUAAGGAAGCGUGUGCAGUUAAGUGCUCAGUAAAUGUAAUUUGUUGCUGCUGG